UUCCUUGUAUAAAAGGUUUUAAUCUAUUUUCAGAAAAAAGAAAAAAAACGUUUUUAAUCUUUCUCCAUAUGAGAUUAAAUAUCCAAAAUUGAAAAUUCCCAAAUCCAAUUGAAAAGUUUUAUACUUUUCUUUCAUUUCAUUUCAGUAAUCAAUUUAGGGUUUAGAAUCAGAUGAAAGGAGAAGUGCAGCUAGAGGCAUUGAGUGCAGACAAUCCUCCUAGUGACUCUGAUCCUUUGUUACAGAACCAGGCUCACUCACCGUCAUCAUCAUUGCCGGUACCAGGACGUUUGAGUGAGAUUGAUAAUGAAGAAGAUGAUGAUGAUGUUGAUGAUAUAGAGAAUGCUUCUGUUCCUACUUGUCGAAUUUGUCUCGAGAGCGAUUGUGAACCAGGUGAUGAGUUAAUAUCUCCAUGCAUGUGCAAAGGUACUCAACAGUUUGUUCAUCGAUCAUGCCUUGAUCAUUGGCGCUCAGUUAAGGAAGGAUUUGCUUUCUCACAUUGCACAACAUGUAAAGCCCAAUUUCAUCUUCAAGUUGCUUUGUUUGAGGACAACUCAUGGCGUAAGAUGAAAUUCAGAAUUUUUGUGACGAGAGAUGUUAUUAUUGUAUUUUUGGUUGUGCAGACUGUAAUUGCUGCAAUGGGUGGCUUUGCAUACCUUAUGGACAAAGAUGGCGCCUUUAGGAACUCAUUUAGUGAUGGUUGGGAUCGCAUCCUGUCAAAACAUCCUAUACCAUUUUAUUAUUGCAUAGGAGUACUGGCUUUUUUUGUUCUUCUUGGGUUUUUCGGCCUCAUAUUACAUUGCUCGUCCCUUAAUAGUAAUGAUCCACGUAUGGCUGGCUGCCAGAAUUGCUGUUAUGGAUGGGGAAUUCUGGACUGUUUCCCGGCAUCUAUGGAAGCAUGCUUUGCGUUGGUUUUGGUUUUUGUUGUUAUCUUUGCCAUUCUUGGCAUAGCUUAUGGUUUCCUUGCUGCCACCGUGGCCAUUCAGAAGAUCUGGCAGAGACACUAUCACAUCCUUACUAAGAGGGAGUUAACAAAGGAAUACAUAGUAGAGGAUCUUCAUGGUUGUUAUACACCAGCAAAAUUGGAUUCAGAACAUGAAGAACGUCUGAAAAUGCUUAAGCUGUUGUAGUAUGAUAUGAUGGUUGAUGCAAUUACAAGAUCUGUUUUAAAGUGUAACUAAUUUAUCAGAGAUUUUAAAGUAGCAAAGCUUUUGUUACCAAGCUAAAGAAGUUACAUUUUGUAUUUGUUUGACAAUCGUAUUUAAUAGAGCAAGGAUGAAAGAGAGUAUAUUUUCAUUUC